AUGGAGGGUAGCGGGAUCCGAAGAACGGUGCUCCGCUGGCCGCCCGCAAGGACCGACCAUGCAGGGAGAGAGUCGUGGAACUUCGCUACCUCUCUUGGUCUCUCCCAGCUGGUGCAGCAGGCGACCAGGGUACCAGAUGUGGACGGUCACAUAGCCAAUUGCCUGGACCUUCUGCUGACUACCGAUCCAGACAGGUAUAGUGUUCAGGUCUCCUCUCCUUUAGGAACUUCUGACCACUGUCUGGUGAAAUCUGUGUCGUCCUAUUCUCCACCGGAUCACAAAUCACAGGGUGUGCGUCGAGUUUGGCGAUACAAGUCAGCAGAUUGGGAUGAGAUGCGACAAUUUUUUGCUUCUUAUCCUUGGCGGCAAAUAUGCUUUGGUUCUGGAGAUCCGUCGAGCUGCGCGGAAGCCGUUACCGAUGUGGCUGAAAAGAACAAGCAUUCGGCGUACUUAUCCUGGGUUGAAGCUCGACACCGCAAAGCUUCGGACAUUAACCUGAAGAAGGAAGCUUUAAGCCGGGCCGCUAAGUCCUAUAAAAAGACGUUGCGGCGAGCUGGAUUCGACCGUAUUCAACAAAUUGGCACGAAGCUCUCUGCCCAACCAUCUGGCAGCAGAGCUUUUUGGUCUCUUGCCAAAGCGGCCAAAACGGUCGAAUCCAACUUUUGUCGGCCAUCACUGCCUCCACUGGUAAAACCGGAUGGAUCACUAACACAUGCGGGUAAAGAGAAGGCCGAUUUAAUUGCCUCUUUAUUUGCCCACAAUUCACGUCUGGACCCUGGGAGUAAUACACCACCCUCACUCCCUCACUGCGAAACCUCCAUAACGGAGGUUCGUAUAAAAAACCGCGAAGUCUUAAAGGCCUUAAGGAGUCUAGACGUGAAAAAAGCUUAUGGGCCAGACGGUAUACCAGCGUUAGUUCUGAAGGCUUGUGCACCCGAGUUGUCUCCUGUUCUGACACGUCUGUUUCGCCUCUCAUUUGAGACUGGAGUAGUCCCUAAGUCCUGGAAGUUGGCGAAUGUACAGCCCAUUCCUAAAAAGGGUAGUCGUGCCGAUCCUGCCAAUUAUAGACCAAUUUCAAUUACCUCCAUACUAUGUAAGACUAUGGAGCGUAUAUUGAACGCCCGUCUUAUGGCGUACCUAGAACAGAACGACCUCCUCAGCGACCGCCAGUACGGAUUUCGCCGAAAUCGGUCAACUGGGGACCUCCUAGUGUACGCCACUCACCUUUGGGGCGAGGCCCUCGAGAACAAUGGUGAAGCACUUGCGGUUUCCCUAGAUAUCUCGAAGGCUUUUGACAGGGUCUGGCACGCCAGCCUCCUUAGCAAGCUUCCAGCGUAUGGCAUAUCUCCUGGCCUAAUCGGUUGGGUGAAGGACUUUCUGAGUGAGCGGUCUCUCCGAGUAGUCGUCGAAGGCUGUUCAUCCGAGCCAUUGACGACUAGUGCCGGAGUUCCUCAGGAGUCCGUCCUUUCCGCAACUCUUUUCCUGCUGCAUAUCAACGAUCUGCUCAUGCCCGGUAUUGGGUACGCGGACGACAGCACAGUUGUGGAGAGAUACCAACCGAGUCUUAGGAUCAGUAGAGAUUACAUCCAGUCCGAAAGAGAGGCCAUGGUAGAGCGUUUGAAUCUUACAUUGCAGGCGGUCUCUGAAAGGGGCGAUGCCAAUCUUGUGAGAUUCAACGCCUCCAAAACGCAGGCGUGUCUUUUUUCCGCAAAAAGGAGCCCCUCCAACUUGGCUCCUACUUUCCAAAAUGUGUCCUUGGAGUAUACCGACCGCCUUCGGUUGUUGGGAGUCGAAAUAUCCUCAAACCUCAACUUUGGGCGGUUCAUUGAGUCUAAAGCCAGGGCAGCUGCAAGGAAGUUAGGUGUCCUUGCAAAAGUGCGACGGUACUUCACACCGGGGCAGCUUCUUACUCUUUACAAGGCUCAAGUCCGAUCGUGUGUGGAGUUCUGUUGCCAUAUCUGGGCUGGGGCUACAAAAUGCCAUCUGGCUGCCUUGGACUCAAUGGAGAGACGUGCGGAAAGGCUUAUUGGAUGCAUUUUGGCGAGUGUGCGUUGGAGUUGCAUAAUU